AUGUACAAGAAAGCACUUAAUGCGUUUUUUCUCAAGGUUCACCCAGAUUUUUUCCACCACAACCGAGAUCAACAGGUAGUUAAUGAGAACUCGGUUGCACAGCUUAACGAAUUGCUUAGCUGGGCUCGGGAAUUUAAGACAGGCACCUUGAGUCCCCCACCCGCAACGUCAAUCGUGUUCACCUUUUACAGUCGAUUAGAUGAGGGUGAGGAGAUGAUGGGCGUCGACGCCGCACCGUAUGAAGGGGAUGGGGAGAACUUGAUCGAGAAUCGGCGUCUAUGGAAUUCAUCUAAAGCCAUGCCCUCUGGUGCGACGGUUGUGAAUUCCACCUUUGAGCUUCCAGAGGGCUUCGCUGCGAGUGAAGCGAACCGUGGGUUGGUCGAGCGUUCUGUCAACAAGUUCCUUCGCGACCUCCUCCGGCGGGCGGGGUGCAUCGAUUCCAUCACGGAGUCCAUCUCAUCAGCGGAGGAUUCUACCGCCGCUCGGCGGGAGGCGAAGCCUCUCCGUCGGCGCCCCAUAUUGGGGAUCCGCGGCGAGCGAUCCAAAGCGAGGAAUCCAAACUCGCUUCUUGACGAGACGGCGGAGAUGCUCUCGAUGCGGUGGUCGCUCACGCCUAUCCCUACGAUUGAGGAGCUGAUGGAUGGUGACCAGGUUUUUUUCUCCAAGUCGCUCUCCCCACUGCAGUGCUCCGCGGCCCUGCACACACUACGGCGCGACCUUGGCGAGAUGCAGUACGACGUGUGGGAGUCGAUGCCGUUGAUCGUCUCCGACCAUUUCGCAAUGGGCGAGGAGGUCACCGGCAGCCUGACGAUCCCAUGGGAUUUCACAAGCACCCAGUUUGUGAGCUUCCUCAGCCAUAACGCCGCACAGGUGGGAAAGUGCCGGACGGAGGCCCUUAGUUUUGCAACGGAAACCGAGCGUCUGAUCGAGUCGCUUUGUAACACGCUGGGGCUGGAUGAUGUGUUGAUCUCUUGCUCACACCGCUCAGCCCAGCACGCCCUACGUUUACUGGAGCGCAACAAGGAGUUGUUACACCAGUACGGGGUGAGGGAGCUGACGUUGGAGCUGCAGGAAGGGCGUUACGCCACGCGGGCAAACGGGGUGCUCAUCCUCAACGCCUCGAUGCGGGAGGUGAGCGAGCUGCGCACCUGGCUCGAGCGGAUUCACGAGAAGCUGCCCCUGCAGCGGCAGCUCUACGAGGUCGCUAAGCGGCUUCUGGAAACAACGAUGUGGCACCUAAAAGAGUUCCAAACGAUGGCCGAACCCGGCGGGGUGGAUGCCUUCCAGAGCAACGAAUGCACCUACGCGCAGCGGCUAGAGUGGGCAAAGGAGCUCUUUUCCAUCGGUGCCACCCUUGCGCAGUGGGAUUGGAGUGAAUUCACCUUUGUGCUGAGUCCUGUGCUGGAUAUUAACUGGGAAAGUCGCACCAUUGCGCUGCCGUACAACUUUGAUGGGAGGGCCUUGGUGAAGUACGUCGAGGAGAUCCAACGCGACGCAAAGCAGAAAAAGCGUGACGAGUUGUUAAAAGAAACUGCUGCCCAACGCGCUACCGAGGAGGCAACUCGUGAAUAUGAACAUAACCAAGAGCUGCAGCUUGGUGAGCCGACAAAUGGUGCUUCGUAUCUUGGUCAUGUAGUCGAUCUAAGCAGGAGUGGUGGCGGCAAUCCCGCGCGAACGUCUGCAGAUGAUUUCAAAAAAUCAUAUCGCCAAGCGAACCCACACCUGGAAGAGUAUCUUGCUUCCAGCGACGAUCGCAUUGACACGCUGAGCGUCGAGAGGCCUCUUACACACGCUACGGUAUUUAACUCCGAUGCCGAAGCGGAUGAUCAGCUACGGUGGGAGGGCUUUUACCAAAGCCCCUACGUUGAUCAGGUUCCCACCGGUGAUUUGGAUGACAUCGCGCACACGUUUAUGGCAACAAACCGCUGGCAUCGCGACGCGGCCGCGAAGAAGCUGCUCGAGGAGCUUCGAAACAGCUACGGAAGUAAGGGUAGACGUUUUGAUUAUCAGAAGAUGGGGGACGUAUUGGGAAUCAACAAUGUGAAGGUGCAGCCUAAGGGAUUUCCAACUCUCACCCGCGGCUUAAGGCCAGGUGAAGGUUAG